UUCAGUUACUUUCACUUAGACAAACAAACAAUAACGGAUGUGAUGUCGUUGGAUGAAAUAAUCAAAGUAAUUACUUACGCAAAACGAGUGGUCAUGUUGGACGAUAUGCUGGUUGAAGUUGACGUUCCGAUAAAAGUAAUUGGCGAUAUUCAUGGUCAAUACCAAGAUAUGCAUAAACUAUUCGAUAUAAUCGGACGUGUUCCGAAGCAGCGAAUGAUCUUUUUGGGUGACUACGUUGAUCGUGGUGAGCAAUCAAUCGAAACAAUCGUCUAUUUGCUAUCGUUGAAACUUCGCUAUAGUGAUCGUAUUUUCUUGUUGCGAGGCAAUCAUGAAACACCUUCGGUCAGUCGCAUCUACGGUUUUCAUGCGGAAUGUUCUGCACGAUAUGGUCCAGGACUCUGGUGGGAAUUUAUGACUGUUUUUAAUCGAUUGCCGGUUGCUGGUUUAAUCGCAAAACGUAUUAUAUGUAUGCAUGGUGGAGUGUCACCAGAGCUGAUAUCUCUCGACUUGAUACGACAGGUGAAAAGGCCGAUUGAACCUGUGGAUCACGGCUUAGUGAUUGAUAUACUGUGGUCGGAUCCAACCACUCAAGGUGAAGGAUGGUUCUAUUCACAGCGUGGUUUAAGUUAUGCAUUCGGCCCCGGUAUUGUGGCUGCUGCUUGUAAAAUGCUACAUAUUGAUCUGAUUAUACGAGCACAUCAGGUGGGCGAGCUUAAUUUCUGCGUCAGUUUUGAUUAG